UUAUUGCAAAAUUAUUUGAGAAACUUAUCUGCGAGCAACUCAAUCUAUUUCUGGAAGAAAAUAAGAUUUUAAGUUCAUGUCAGUCUGGUUUUCGCAAAGGUCAUUCCACCACAUCUGCUCUUUUAGAAAAUACUGAUUCGUGGCUACUGAAUAUGGAUGCUGGUAGGAUAAACGGGGUGCUUUUUCUUGAUUUAUGCAAAGCAUUCGACACAGUCGAUCAUGCCAUCCUCAUAAAAAAGUUAUCUAAUUACGGGAUACAAGACAAGGCACUAGAAUGGUUUAAAUCAUAUUUGUUUAACAGGGAGCAAUACUGUAAG